GCCCCGCCUUUUCCCCUCAGGGCCCGGUCCCUCCGGCCAUGGCUCCUCUGCGCUUCUCCGCUAACCUGUCGUGGCUGUUCCCGUCCCUCCCGUCCCUCCCGGCGCGGCUGGAGGCGGCGGCGGCCGCGGGUUUCGGGGCGGUGGAGGUGGCGUGGCCGGCGGGGUGCCCCGCGGAGGCGCUGCGGGCGGCGGCGGAGCGGGCGGGGGCGCAGCUGGUGCUGCUGAACGCGCCCCCCGGGGACGGCGAGAUGGGGCUGGCGGCCGUGCCGGGGCGACAGGAAGCCUUCCGACAGGGGCUGGAGGCUGCCGUGUGCUACGGGCGGGCCCUGCGCUGCCCCAGGAUCCACCUGAUGGCAGGGCGGGUUCCCCUGGGCACAGACCGGGCAGCUAUAGCAGGCGAGAUGGAAACCACCUUCAUCGAGAAUCUCAGAUACGCUGCUGACCUCCUGGCCCAGGAGGACAUGAUUGGACUGGUGGAGCCUAUUAACAGCCGCAUCACUGACCCUCGCUACUUUCUGAACACCCCACAUCAAGCUGCUGCCAUCCUGGAAAAGGUGGGACGGCCCAACCUGAAGCUGCAGCUGGAUCUCUUUCACUGCCAGAUCAUGGAUGGGAAUUUGUCAGGCAACCUGGAGAAGUACUUUCCACUCAUUGGUCACAUCCAGAUCGCACAGGUGCCGGGGCGUCAUGAGCCUGACAGCCCUGGGGAGUUGAACUACAACUACAUCUUCGAGCUCCUGGAGUCCCUUGGCUACUCUGGCUAUGUGGGGUGCGAGUAUGCUCCAAAAGGGGACACACUGGAAGGCCUGGGCUGGCUGCGCUCAUACUGGGAGAGGCGUGGGCUGCAGCAUGGUGGGACCAGCAAGGCAGCAGAGUGAAAGAAGGAAAACCUGCAAUAAAAGUCAAAGCGAUGGCUUAG